UGAGAGGUUAUAAAAAUUGGUGGUAAACUUUGGUUAAGUAUUUUGUGUGUGUUUAUUCAGAAAAAUUGAACUGAAGAUAAAAUCCAAGAAAUAUGGGUAGAUAUCAGUAUAGUGGAGGCCAUCGUUGUGGUGUCAGUAAUUGUUCGGCAAGAAAUAGAUCUAAAAAUAAAAAAACUGACACCAAAAUAUUCUCUACAAGAUGUAAUGGCAAAAUACUAAAAUUCUGUCUGGAACAUCUCAAAGAUUACCAGGCUCAAAAAAAAGAAAAGAUCAAUUCAUCCAAUGAUUCGACCAAUGCUAGCUACAAUGUUGGAGAAUUUCAAGCACAAAUUAAACUGUCAAUGAAGAAAUCUGUCGACCUCGACCACAAUUAUUAUUUCCAACAAAAUGACUUAAACAAGUUACAAAAUCUGCUGAACUAUGUUCACCACCUUGAAAUGAAGAUCGAGGAAAAUAAGAUGAAACAUUCUACCAACUCCAUUCAGUCUUCAAUCAAUGAUCCCCACUUUCUAAGCUUCUACACAGGAUUCAGUGAUGUCAUUACCUACAAGAAUUUUACAAGCAAAAUUAUCAAGCAUGCACUGGCAUACAGAAAAAAGUACUUGGACAAGGACAACAGUAAUCUGGGAGUGGACUAUGAAAAUCAGAUAUUCAUAGUUUUAGUAAGGCUUUGUCUUGGUCUCUUAGAAGAAGAUAUCGCAUAUAGAUUUGAUAUUUCCCAGUCCACAGUCUCCAGAAUGUUUAGGUUUUGGAUAAAUGUGAUGUAUUCAUACUUCAUACAGAUACCUAUUUGGCCUUCGAGAGAAAUCGUGAAAAAGUAUAUGCCAGAAUGUUUUAUCAGUAAAUAUCCUAGUACAAGACUUAUUCUGGAUGGGACUGAGAUUUUUAUUGAAAAACCUUCAGAUUAUACAGUGCAGAGUAGCACAUGUUCUGUGUAUAAGGCACAUAAUACCACCAGAGGCAUAAUUGGAGUAACACCUAAUGGAUUUGUGUGUUUCAUAUCAGAACUCUACCCAGGUAGAACUUCUGAGAGAGAAAUAAUUUUAAAUAGUGGCUUACUGGAAAAGCUAGAACCAGGCGACUCAGUAAUGGCUGAUAAAGGGUUCACAAUUUCCAAAGAACUUGCAGAUAUUGAUGUUGAUUUGAAUAUACCACCAUUUUCAUAUGGCAAUAAUCAACAAUUCACUGACGAAGAUGAAACUCUGACUAGGGAUAUUGCAAGUGUUCGGGUUCAUGUUGAGAGAAUUAUAAGAAAUGUGAAAUUAAACAGAAUAUUGCGCUGUAGCAUUCCAAAUACUAUGGCUGACCAAUUGAACCAAAUUUGGGUGGUGUGUUGCCAUUUGACAAAUUUCAGAAAAAACCCCUGGGAUAUAAAAACCAAGAAAAAAUAGAAGAACAGGAGAUUAUAUGUAUAUUAUGUAUUAUAUGUAUAUUAUUUGUAUUUUUGUUAUAAAAUAUUUAUGAAAAUUUAUUUUUUUCUAGAA